GGUCCAGGCGGUAUGUUGUUUGUUACAGUGUAACCAGCUGGCGGGGCUACAGUGAUACUGCUGGGAUCAUCAUUCUGCAUGCUGAUAGAGUACUGCCUUAUCCCACCCAACCUCCUCUCCUUCUCUAAUCUCACUGCCUCCUCCUGCUCCUCCCAAGGAACUUUAAAAAAAAUUAUUUGCAGAUCAAGUGGGAAUCAUAUAAGGAAGGGGGCUCUUUGCAAGCUUAGAUGGUCCACAAAUGAGAAGGAGGAAAAGAUGGAGCUGCAUAUCUUAGAGCACAGGCUGAAAGUAGCAAGUAUAGCCAAGGACGGUAUCCAGUUGUUUACCCAUGGAUUAAUCAAACUUGCUUUUCUGCCGUCAAAGACGAGGUGCAAGUUCUUUAGCCUAACUGAGACUCCUGAAGACUACACCAUCAUUGUGGAUGAAGAAGGAUUUAAAGAACUGCCUGGGUCGGAUCUCCUGAGUGUGGCAGACGAGACAUGGCUUGCAUUAAACGUUGUCUCUGGCGGAGGCAGUUUCUCCAGCUCACAGCCCAUUGGAGUCACCAAGAUUGCCAAGUCAGUGAUUGCACCCCUGGCAGAUCAUAAUAUCUCUGUGUUCAUGCUUUCCACAUAUCAAACAGACUUCAUCUUGGUACGGGAAAAAGAUCUGCCAUUAGUUAUGCACACUCUCUCAGCAGAAUUUACCAUCCUCAGGGUCGUAAACGGGGAGCCAGUUGCUGCUGAUCAUUUAGGAAUCACCAAUGGAUUUGUGAAGCCAAAGCUAGUUCAAAGGCCAGUCAUUCAUCCGCUGUCCAGUCCCAGCAACAAGUUCUGUGUAACCAGUUUGGACCCUGAUACCUUACCGACUGUGGCUACACUCCUCAUGGAUGUCAUGUUUUAUUCCAAUGGCAUGAAAGAUUCCGCAGUAGGCAAUGAUGAAAAUGGUCAUAUUCGUUUCUUCUCCUUCUCUCUCAUUGAGGGCUAUAUCUCCUUAGUGAUGGAUGUGCAGACACAACAAAGGUUUCCAAACAACCUAUUGUUUACGAGUGCAUCAGGGGAGCUCUGGAAGAUGGUUCGGAUAGGUGGGCAGCCCCUAGGAUUCGAUGAAUGUGGAAUCGUUGCCCAGAUUGCAGAGCCUCUGGCUGCCGCUGAUAUCCCUGCAUACUACAUCAGUACAUUUAAGUUUGAUCACGCCUUGGUACCUGAAGAAAAUAUCAACAGUGUGAUCAACGCUCUCCAAGUGAGUCAGAACAAGAAGCAGUAGGUGGGAAACUGAGAUGCUGGCGGCUUCAUCUUCACAUAGUAGUCAAAGUUGAAACUCAGAUUUCAAGAAGAAACCUUUGGGUGUUUGUAAAGGAGCAGAAAGCCUGUGAAAACUAGUGAAAGCUGGUGGCUUUUUGAAGUCUGUUCCCAAAGUGAAUGUUACCAUUGUGUUCUUUGUGUGAACCGUGUUACAUUGUACUGGUAAAGUCAAACCAUCUCUUUCUACUCAUGUUUUCCCCCACUGUGAAGGAGCGGUGGUGAUUGGCUGUUGUCUAUGAAUUAGUUGGGUUAGUUAUCUCAUGUAGCACAAAGCUGAUUUCUCAAAUUCGGGGGCAGAAGGGUCUCUUGUUAAGUGUAGAGAUGUCAAAUUUUGGGAGUGAUCACAUGGAGGUAAUCUAAUUUUGGGUCGGCUUAUGAUAUCACAAAUUGUGAAACUAAAGCUGGCAUCCUCUUCAGAUAACAGUCCUUUAAGUUAUUCUCUGAUAGCUGUUACUUCGUUUAAUAUGCUGUUUCAUUUUAUUUGGAAAGUUCCUACACAUCUAGGCAAGUUGAUGCAUGAUGGCAUCCUCACUGUUGCAACAUUUUUAUUGCUACUACCUUGAAUAGUAAUCUGCAGUUCACUCUAGAAAGUCCACAUCUUAUUCCAUGGGAACAUGAACAGUGUAGCAUGCCAGCAAUUGCUGCUGCCCUUCCUUAUUCUCCCCUGUCUCAAAGUUGAAUACUAAAUGCAUUUGGCAAGAAAGAUUAAUACAGGGAUUAUUGAGGCAAGUGACCAAAUAAUAUUCACCCUUGUGAAGAGAUCUAAGUUUCCACAGUUCCAUUGACGAUUAACUUGCUUCCUAUAUUUCAUGCUUGCACCAAGGUUGAUCACUUCCCUUAUAAAUAUUAUUCAAUGCUUCACAGAGAAGUGAAAAGGGAUUUAUUUUGGACACAUUAAACAAGCUAUUCCCAACACUCUGUUUUAGUUAUACUAUUGGCAAGCUUAUGCCUUGGCAUCCCUACAAAGAGAAAUAAGACAGUACAGGAUCCAAGGAGAGGAUUUUAUCCUUUUUAAGACACCUGGAGAACAAUUCCAACCAAAUUUUUAUCACAAUGUCUUUCAGCUGCCAGUCUAAUUUGAUUUUCACAUUUAACUGCUUUCCACCAGGGUUGCUACACUCCUGACUUAACAUAUUGUAAGGUAUUCCAAUGACAGUUUAGCAUUAAGAUAGCUCUUCAAGACUUCUCAGCAGGAGUUAUUGUUCAAGGAAUGUAUCAUAAAGGAACAUAUCAGAACUGAGUCAUAUAUGAGCAAUUGCAGAAUUUUGAAAUGCAAACAGAGAAGGAAAAUGUCUAUAACACAGCAGUUCAGUUUUAAUUGCAGACCAUAUCUUCAGAGGUGGCAAGAAAACACUAAUCAGACCUACUUAAACAAUGAUUUGAGGAUUUUGUUAAUUUGUAAGCCAUCACACCUGUUGUUUUAGCAGCCCUUCAUGGCUCACCUCAAGUUUUUCUGUCACUUGUGAAAACCUCAACCAGAAGAGGAGAGAAUUGGCAAAUUUUGUUCUUUUUUAAAUUGCUUUCUUCUCUCUUUUCCUAAUUCUGUGAUUGAUGUGUUUUACUAAUUUCUCUGUCAAAUACGUAUCAUCACAUUUAGCACUUGUAUCUCCACCAUAUUACUCAUGUCCUGUUGUACUGCAAGGUGCCAACUGCAUGUGAAGAAGGAAGAAUGUAGCAUUGUUUAUUUUUCAUAUACUAAUUUGCACACAAUUGCCUGAGUGAACCUGAAGGCUGACACUUUGGAGAUUUAAUCAUCUUAUACAGGCAAACUCCUGUAUCUUCUAUCAUUUCCUACUUUGUUAUUUAUACACACGUUAUGAAGUAAAUAGGACUUGACUAAAUUGUACUGCUGCUUUCACUGGUGUAUCCACUCCUGGUCUUUUUUAAAGCUGAAAACAGAGGAAAGAUUUUAUUGUUUUAGAUUCAACAACCUUCUGUGGUGAAUCAGCCACCAGAGGUAAUGAUAAGAUUGUGAAACUGCCUCUCCGGGUGCUGAAGUGCCUGCCCAGUGAUGCUGUGAUUGCUUUAUUAGAGAAUAUUAACGAAGCUAAGACAUUGCUAAUAGAUAAAUCCCAAGGUAUGUGUUGAAAUUAAGCAAAAGUUUAAACUUAACCU